GCAGAUGAGUGGUUGUGUGGAGGAAGACGAGGACAGAGCAGAGUCUCCAGGACCCAGCGGUCUGUCUGUGAAGAGUAAGAAGUAACGAUGGGAUCCUCACAGACAAAAGGUCAGAACCAGAGACAGAGAGCAGAGUCUCCAGGACCCAGCGGUCUGUCUGUGAAGAGUGACUGGUCUAUGGACCAACCUUUACACUUCAGUCAUGAACCUGGAGCCUCAGAGACAAAAGACAAGUUUGCUGUUUCUGUGGACAAGCAGACGUCCCGCUGUCCUCUGUGUCAGGACGUCUUGAAGGAUCCAGUCUUCACCAGCUGCGGUCACUGGUCCUGCAGACGCUGCAUCUCCUCAUACCGGGACCAGUCUGGUCCACCAGGAGACUCCUGCUGUCCCCAGUGUGGACAGAGACCCAGACCAGGACCAGAUCUACUUCUGCAGAAGGUUCUAGAUGAACAUAAAAUCAGUCUGAGGAGCAGAUUUGAACAUGUGACUGAAGGAACUGAAGGAACAGGAAGUAGAACCCUCCUGAACAGGAUCUUCACUGAGCUCUACAUCACAGAGGGACAGAGUGAAGAGGUCAAUACUCAACAUGAGGUGAUGCAGCUGGAGACGACCUCCAAGAAGAAGAUGGUCCAGGACACUCCCAUCAAGUGCUGCGACAUCUUUAAAGCCUUACCUGACCAGCAGGGGAGCAUCAGAGUCGUCCUGACCAAUGGCGUCGCUGGUGUUGGAAAAACCUUCUCGGUGCAGAAGUUCACUCUGGACUGGGCCGAGGGUUUGGAAAACCAGGAUGUGAAUCUGCUGAUUGUGCUCUCGUUCAGGGAGCUGAACCUGAUCAGAGAUCAGCAGCACAGUCUUCUCACGCUGCUCCAUGUUUUCUAUCCAACAUUAGAGAAGGUCAGAGCAGAGGAGCUCGCUGUCUGUAAACCUUUGUUCAUCUUUGACGGCCUGGAUGAAAGCAGACUCUCACUGGACUUCAGCAGCAGGACGCUGGUUUCUGACGUCACACACAGGUCAUCAGUCAACAUGCUGCUGACCAACCUCAUCCAGGGGAAUCUGCUCCCCUCGGCUCUCAUCUGGAUAACUUCUCGACCUGCAGCGGCCAAUCAGAUCCCUCCUACAUGUGUUGCCAGGGUAACAGAAGUACGAGGCUUCACUGACGACCAGAAGGACGAGUACUUCAGGAAGAGAUCCAGAACUGCAGAUCUGUCCAGCAGAAUCAUCUCACACAUCAAGACGUCCAGGAGCCUCCACAUCAUGUGUCAAGUCCCAGUAUUCUGCUGGAUCAGUGCUACCGUUCUGGAGCACAUGUUGACCACAGAGCAGAGAGGAGAGCUGCCCAAGACCCUGACAGACCUGUACUCACACUUCCUGCUGGUUCAGACCAAGAGGAAGAAGAACAAGUACGAUAAAGGACGUGAGACGAGUCCACAGGAGCUGAUGAAGGCCGACAGGGACUUUCUUCUGAAGCUGGGGAGGCUGGCCUUUAAACAGCUGCAGAAAGGAGACAUCAUGUUCUACCAAGAAGACCUGGAGCGGUGUGGUCUAAGUGUGACAGAGUCCUCGGUGUACUCAGGAGUUUGUACAGAGAUCUUCAGAAGAGAGAGCGUGAUCUUCCAGAAAUCAGUCUACUGCUUUGUUCAUCUGAGCGUUCAGGAGUUUCUGGCUGCAGUCUACAUGUUCCACGGUUUCACCAACAGGAAGACAGAGGUACUGCAGGACUUCUUCAGAAAAAAAGACAGUACGAAAAAGUCACUGAAAGAGUUCCUGCAGGGCUUCUUCAGAAAAAAAGUUGAUGAUGAUGAUGGUGGUGGUUACUCUUCUCUGGAUGUGUUCCUGAAAGCAGCCAUGAAGAAAUCCCUUCAAAGUCAAAAUGGUCACCUUGACCUGUUUGUUCGCUUCCUUCAUGGACUCUGUCUGGAGUCCAACCACAGAAUCUUAGGCGGUCUGCUGGGUCAGACUCAGAACAGUCCAGAAAUCAUCCAGAGGGUCAUUGAGAACAUGAAGAAGAGGAACACAGAGAACAUCUCACCUGACAGAAGCAUCAACAUCUUCCACUGUCUGACAGAGAUGAACGACCAAUCAGUGCAUCAGGAGAUCAAAGAGUUAAUGAAGUCAAAGAACAGAGAACAGGAACUCUCUGCGAUCCACUGCUCAGCUCUGGCCUACAUGCUGCAGAUGUCUGAGGAGGUUCUGGAUGAGUUGGACCUGAGCAAGUACAGAACAUCAGACCAGGGGAAACAGAGACUGAUUCCAGCUGUGAGGAACUGCAGGAAGGCUGAGUUGAGGGGCUGCAGUUUGACUAAUUGA